AUGACAAACAUUAUUUACUGUAUUUAUGCAGGGAAUUGUGCAACAUUUAACGAAGAAUGUUUUUUCCUUACUACAGGAGACAAAGUUCGAAUAGAUGUACCACCUGAAGCAGAGAGUUUUGUUCAUAUCAAUGAUGAUGUUUACAACUAUUCGCUGGGCUUUUUAAGGGCAAGCAUGGAUCUGAUGUUGCUCCAUUAUGUAAUACAGGCUGGAGAUAUUGACAAACUGACAGUUUUGAUGAAACGUUUCAUUCCUUUGUUUAUAGGAUUGACAUCUUAUAAAUCAAAGUAUGCCAUUGAAUGUGUCAAUUUUCUAACAAAGACAGAACAUAUUCUAUCCGAGUUUGAAAGUGUUAGAGUGAAAUUAGGUGCAUUUGUCAAUGUUCCUGGAAAGCCUGGUAAGAACAAAGCGGCAGAUAUGCAGCAGGAAAAUAACAAUAAACAAGUGAAGAAUGGCAUUAGGUGUUUAGGUGCUAGUAAAACUGACAAAGCCAUGGAAUGGUCAUCAAAGGCAGCACCUGUGAUAUGUGAAUUGGUUUCUGAUUUGGAAUCUUCACUUGACAUUAAAACCAACAGCAAGAGAAACAAGAAGUCUUCUAUUGAAGACAUGUCUGUUUUAUUUGAUAAAAUGAGACGGUUGAGUCCCUUUCAAGUACAAAUGAACAGAGCACUGCCUGCUUUUUCAGGGUCAUCAGUCAAUGUAAUCAAUAAUGUUGACAAAUUUAAACUCGGAGAUGUUAUUAUAAGGCACACUAAACGGGCUUUAAACAGAACAGUGUAUGAUCUGAAUAAUGAGGAAGAGCAGGAUAUUGAGAUUUAGUUACUCAGUGUUUUAUAGUUGGCAUGCAUUUAUUGGUAUAACUGAUAAGUGAAUUUUUUUUGCAUACAUACAUGUAAAAUGGAAUCGCUGCAUUCUCUAUUUUUUAUGUAGAUUUUUUUAUUCAUAUGAACAGUAAUGUAAAGCAAGUUUUAUUGCAUGAUGUGUUAAUGUUACUCGGUUUUCACAAAGACUGUCUUUAUGCAUACAUGUGUUGAAACUCCAGUGAACUGUCUACAAAUUCAUUGGUGCUCAUCAGAUUUAAAGAUAUUAAUCAUACAAAUGUUCCUUUGAUUUUGUCAGUUGAUGAAUUAGACCUGUUCCUGCCAAUUGAUGUUAUUGAUUUGUGGUAAUUUUUACAUUGCACAUGUAAAUCUAGCAAACUAGUGCACUUUUUAUAUGUAUGGUACUUUGCUCAUAUUGAUUUUGUUGAUUGGGGAGAAAAACACAAAAUGUCGUGUUUACAUGUGUUGAUCAACAUGCUAAUUAAGAUGACAUAUGCAGCAAGUUUUACAUUCAUAUAUGGACAUCGUUACCUACAUGUACAUGUUUUGCUGAAUAUUAAAUUGAAAAUAAAUUUCAUUC